AUGUAUUUCACAAAGUUUGAUUUCAAGAGUGGCUAUUUUCAAAUUCCUCUAGCAAAGGGAGAUCGUCCAAAAACAGCAUUUUCAACAAGAGACAAUCAUCAUCAAUUUACAGUUCUACCACAAGGUGUUACCAACGGCCCGGCAACUUUUCAACGCAUCAUCAACCAUAUUUUGGGUUCGACCCGGUGGAGAUAUGCUCUGGCAUAUAUUGAUGAUAUUAUUGUUUAUUCCAGAACAUUUGAAGAACAUUUAUCCCACCUGAACGAAAUUUGUCAACUUCUCAAGCAAACGAAAUUUCGUCUCAAUGCGAGUGAAUGUGAAGUGGCUCGAACUGAAACACACUAUCUCGGUCAUUAUAUCAAACAAGGUGACAUUCGUCCAAGCCCGGACAACAUCCGUGGAUUAGUGCAUACCCAAAUUUCAAGCACAGCCGAAGAAGCAUGUAAAUUCCUGAAAGCCGCAGAAUAUUAUCUGGGAUAUUUAUCGAAGAAAUUCACGCCAACACAGCGACGCUGGUUUGCGACCGAACAAGAAUGUUAUGCACUAAUGUGUUCCUUAGACAAAUGGCAUAAUUAUUUAAGUGGAACAAAAUUCAUUUGGGAGACUGAUCAUAAAUCACCACUCCCGUUGAGUAAGAAAUCGCAAACAAACAAAAAAUGUGAAAGAUGGCGGUUGAAAAUCGCCGAGUACGAUUUCGACGUCAGACACAUUCACGGGAUUCAGAACUCAAUGCCUGAUUAUCUAUCCAGAUAUCCUGUCGAUGAUGCAGAAGAAGACCGUGAUGAUGUCAUUCCCACGUCCUCAAACUCAACUCAGACGUAUGACGAACUAAACCCAGAAGUUUCUUCAAUCGUCGCUGCGGUACAAACACGUUCAGCAACGAGACAGUCAGCGUCACAUAACCCCUCGACAAAAAUAACAUCAUUACAAACAACAGAAAAAACAAUGUCUCUCGACAGCACUAAUUAUUGGCCUCAUUGA